CUCCAACUCCAUAAUUUUAUACUCUGUGACUCCGCCUUAUGUAAUGCAAAGGAGAAAAGUUGGUUUAAUUUAAUCCAAAAUCAAGCACAAAAAAGUAGCAAAAUGGGAAAACAUUUCGGUGAAUUAGCAAAAAUCAGAGGAUUGAUUACUUAUAAGUUAUCACCGCACGAACAACGCGCAUAUGCUGGUGCGAUAUCCAAUGGAUUGCCGAACAUUUUCCGCAGAUUUCGUGAAAAUAUAUUCAGAGUUGCUCCACCUUUCAUUGUAGCUUAUCUAGUCUACGAAGGAGUUGACCGAGAACAUCACAGACGCACACGCAAGAACCCUGCCGAUUUCGAAAAUGAUGAAUAACUUUUGUGCUAAUAUAGAGAAUUGUUUGUAGAAUGUAUUAAUAAAACCAUUAUAAAUAGAUACUUUGUGUGUAUUUUAUUUAAGUAUUCAUUAAACAGUUAUGGCUUA